AUGAACCUCUGCUGUACCGUACAUCCGCCUUUGCUUUCGGUGCAGGGGGAGAAGAACAAUGGAUUCGAUGUGCUGUAUCAUAAUAUGAAGUACGGGCUGGUGGCCAGCAAGGAGCUGUCAGAGUUUCUGCGCGAGAAAUCGAACAUAGAGGAGCAGAACUCGAAAAUGAUGUCCAAGUUGGCCCACAAGGCCAGCACGGGCACAUUGAACAGCACMUUUGCACCAGUUUGGACCAUAUUACGCACCUCGGCGGAAAAGCUGUCAACGCUGCACAUGCAAAUGGUGCAGAAGUUGACGGAGCUGGUCAAAGAUGUGGCCAAGUACGCCGAUGAGCUGCACAAGAAACACAAGUGCGUCAAAGAGGAGGAAUCGCACACGCUCGAGUGCGUCCAGGCCAUACAAACAUCAACAGUUGCUGUGCAAAAGCUGCGCGAUUUAUAUGCCAGCAAGGUGCUCGAGCURGAAAAGCUUCGCAAAGACAACGGCUCCCACAAGGAUGCCGAGAAGCUGGAGAGUAAACUUAAAAAACUGCAGGAGGAUUAUAAAGCGCUACUCGAGAAGCAUAAUCCGAUCAAGAACGAGUUUGAGCGACGCAUGACGCAAACGUGCAGGCGUUUCCAAGAGAUCGAGGAGGUGCAUCUGCGUCAGAUGAAAGAGUUUCUAUCCACUUACUUGGAGAUGCUGCAGAACAAUCACGAUAUGGUCGGACAAGUGCAUUCGGACUUCAAGCGCCAAUUUGUGGACAUGUCCGUUGAUAAGCUACUCGAGCAAUUUGUAUUAAAUAAAUAUACGGGUCUCGAGAAGCCCGAGAUGCUCGAGCUGGAAUUUAUUCCGCUGUCAAAUGCAUCGCGUCUGCAGCAGCCGCCUCAGGCAACAGGCGCGGCAUCAAAUUCGAAUUCGGCAACCAGCAUUCAGGCUGCUUUGCGUACGGGUGGCACAGCAGCAGCAGCUUCGGGUAGUCUGGUUUCGAUGGACCAACGGGGCGGAGGCGGUGCCGGUGUUGGCGAUGCACUUGCGGGCAUCUCAUUGGGCAGCGGCAGUGCGGCCAGCGGAAGCAUUCCCUAUGUAGACGAUGCGAUGCUGGGCAGCGUGGGCGGUGGUCCGUCAYSGCCACGGCCCACUUCGCCGGAAACGUUGGGGGCACAGCCGCCGCCGCCGGUGCCGCCACAAGCGAGCAGCACUACGUCAACGGUAAAGAGUCUGCGCUCCUGUUUAAUUUAUUUACAGCACCAUAGCCAGCAACUGCAAGGUGGACAACGCGGUGCACCUGCAUCUCGUCAACAGUCACCAGAGAUAUCGAAUGCAUCAACACCCACGGCAAGCGUGCACCCAUAUGCGCCACUGCAGAGUCCCACGCUCUCCAAUAAUAAUGCGAACAACAAUACCAGCCACAAUCGGUAUGCGGAUUUGGGCGAUAUUUUCUCGGAGCUGGGCGAAAUGAGCGCCUCGGCGCCAGCAUCGGCUACGUUUAGUAAGCCGCCAGGGCGGCAGAUACCAACACCCACAUCUGGUGGCAGCAGCAUUGCCAUUCCGCGCCCUCCUUCACGGCGCUCGGAUAUGAUUGCCAUUGGUCCAGCAGCAUCUGCGGCGGUUGCUGCGGGUGCAACAAACCUUGGACGUGGACGGAUGAGUCCAGCGCCAGCAAUGAAUCGAGCGGACAGCAUUGGCAGCCUAGAGUUUCGCACCGCCAUUGGGGGCAUGGGCUCCUCUCGUGGGCCGUCGCCACUGACAAUUGGCAUAUCGGAUACAAUACCACUUGCUGUGGCAUUCCAUGAGAUUAUACACGCCUAUUUCAGGGGCAGCGACGAGUCGCGCUGCCAGGUGAAGGUGUCCGGUGAUAUGAUGCUAUCAUUCCCAGCCGGCAUUGCCGGUCUGUUAGCCAAUAAUCCAAAUCCAGCUAAGCUGGGCUUUCGCAUUAAGCAAGUACAAAAUCUGGAGAGUCUUGUACCCAACGGGAAACUUGUGCAAAUAGAUCGUCAACAGUCGAGCGCGCUGAGCACGCUGUUGGAGUUUAAUAUGCCUGCGUUGACAGCAUUGCUGCGCAGGCAGGCGGAGAAAAAUCCAACUGCCUCAUAUUACAACGUGGACAUACUCAAAUAUCAGGUGCGCACCAAGCCGGGCGCCAGCUCGUGUCCCCUUCAGCUGGUCAGCUACUGGAAGUGCGAGCCGAGCUACACGGCGCUCAAGGUUGACUACAAGUACAAUAAUCAUGCCAUGGCCAACGCGUCGCCCUUGUUGAAUGUCACACUCUCUGUGCCGGUGAAUGGCUCCGUGCGCAUUGUUCAGUCUAAGCCGCAUUCAUCCUGGUUGGGUGAAUCGAAUCGCUUGGUUUGGAACUUUACGGACAUAUCGCAGAAUUCACAGGAUGGCGGCGUGGGUACGCUUCGUGCACGGCUCGAGUUGAAUGAUGGGCCUUCAACGCCGGCCACGCUGGCCGCACAGUUCAAUUGUGAGGGUACCACACUCUCGGGCAUUGAAUUUGAACUGCAAGGAGGCGGAUAUCGAUUGUCCUUGGUCAAAAGACGUUUUGUAUCGGGCAAAUACGUUUGCGAGGGUGAUGGCAUACGCAGCGGUGCCACGCCCACACCGCCCUCGGUCGGAUCGACUAGUCCGUAUUCAGCUAAAUCGAAUUAGUGAGACAAUACGCUUUUCAAAACCCUAG